ACUGACUCCAGUCAGGUAUUCCAUACACUGAGCAAUGUCUCCAUUAGCGCGCUGCUGUGGCUGCUGCUCUCUCCAAAGCGAGCCGCUGCGAGCGAGGCGAAAAGACGCGGCCACCCUUUGCCAUGGACAAGCUCUCGCCAGGAGAUCCUAGGCGCAGCCCGGCGUGAUUGCAGGUAACAAGAAAGAGAGGCACUUCCUUGCUGGCGGUGCACUUGCACCCCGGCUUCCUUUCCGCCCAUCUAUGCAUCCAUCCAUCCACGCGCACCCCAACAAUAGCCUGCCUUCUACAGCCAGCCGGCUGGGAAAUCUCGGGCUGCCUAUGGAAGAGAAACUACGGGCGAUCCAUCAUGCGGCUUGGGCAGUGUUUACCUAGGGCUGAGAGGAAAGCCGCCUUACACACAUGCUUUUUCUCUUCUCGGCGCGGGGAUGGGGAAAGGGAAAGGGUGUUCGCGGUCAUGCAUAGAGUGCAACUUUGGUCGGUUGCUCUAGGAGACUUUGGGCAGGGAGGCUGCGUUGGCCAAGAAAGUUUGGUGGACAUGGAAAAGGAGCCCAAGCUUGGAGGACCGUGAAGGCGCGGGGAGGGCACCCCUAUGAAGGAAGUGCGGGUGUAAAGUUCCUCUGUUUGGCGGGGGGGGGGGUUGCUUUAAAUCGCUUCUGUAAACUCGGCGCUGCUCGGUGCAAUCCUGUACUUGUUUACUGCGUAGGAGUUUACUGCGUAGGAGUUCAACGCGGCGGAGUCGCAGCCAAGUGGGUACAGGAUUUCAGACACAGUUUCUAGCCUGAGAAGUGGGGCUUAUUAGAAAUCGAGCCCGAAAACUCUGUCACCUCCCCCCUCCCAUCCCAAUCGUGUUGUUGUGCAUAGUUCAGGAGUGACUGCAAGGCACUCUGCACAUGUUCGACGACACACUUUUAAAAUCUCCGGUUUCACAGCUUUGGGCUACGACUGCAAAGAUUCCGGCGCUGACAAGAACUGGGUGGGUCUUCCUUCUAACCUGGUCCUCUGGGGAGGUGUUUUUGGAGAAGCGCCACAGAUUCCUUACUGUAAGUCGAAGAAAAGGGGGGGGGAUUUAAUGGGGGGAGCCAAACACAUUGGCAAAUGAAUCCCAUUGAUUAGUUGUUGUUGGUAACAGGAGUAAAUUCGCCUUGGUUAUUAGCCAGGCCGGGAGAAUAAAACGGUAAAAAACGUCCGUGAGGAUAUUUGCGUGAAAAUAAGGGGUUGGGGCUUCUGUGUUAGGUCUGACCAGGCGCCUGUCUAAAACCAGUUUGUCCACACGCACUGGUUGAUCCUAGACCCUCUGAAGGUCUCUGGCUAGUUCAAGUCCAGUGUCAGGUUUGGUGAGGUCGCCGGCAAGGAGAUACCCUCAAUUUUCUAGUUUACGCUUUUUCAUCCAUUCUACAAACAUGAAAGCUGGAGAAGCGCCGCUAGCUCCGAAGUCCAAAGCGUUGGGAAAGGUUUUUCCAAGGUCGCGGGCUCCAGAUUCUUUAACACCCUUCUGGCCCGAUCCAAACCGUGGUUACGGGAGGAAGUCCCACUCCUUUUAUUUGGGAUUCGCCUCCAAGUUAAUAUGCGCAGGAGUGCAACUUAGUUUAUUCGCUUUUUGGGUGCUGGCUGAGGGAGGGGUGUUUGUAGGGGUUGGGGGCGAAGAUGCGGCGGAUUCUUUCCUUAUCAUGGGUGUCUUAAGAAAUUGUAAAUUCGGAACCAGAGGAAGUGGUUAGUCCUGGGCCAUUCAGGCAGAGAAAUUUAGGGCAAAAAUAACCCGAUGGUUUCUCUAACUGCUCAAAACGUGUCCAGAUCAAUUUCCUGCCGACCUCAAUCAGAGCAGCUACCUAACCUGCUAGGGCCUGCUCCUGCACUUCUCUUUCUUACAAGUUUUCUUGGGGAGGAUUAAAAAAACAAACCAACCAGACAUUGGCUUUAGUUUCUUGGAGAAGAACGAUGAAAAAAAUGUGCAGAGAUUUAAACCCUGAAGACGCUGCACACUUCGCUCUGCUACGCUGCGUAUUUGUUGCUGCUGCUGCUGCUGUUGUUUUUCAAGAAAUAGCACCCACUCAUUCUGAUUUUGGGAGCUGUGUUAUGAGAAUUGCGCUGGGUGGUCUCUUUGGCAAAAGAAGGGCUUCGCUCUGGCUGCUCCCUGUUACUGUAGAAGCCAGCUUGUUGACUUAUGCGCAAAAGUUGUUGUUUUCCACAGGAUAGCGCUCAGACUCCCGUCCCUGGAUCUCUUCGUGAGCGAGGUACGCUGCUAAAUGCUGGGACUGCCUUUAGGACACUGUUACUUUCUAGCUUAGAUGCUGAAUGGGGAGAUGAUGAAAUUCAUCCGAAUGCCUUUCCUCCUAAAGUGGGGCGUUUGCGAGAAAACUCACCUCCCUCACACAGAUUUAUGAGGAGCCUGGAAACAGGGCAGCGCUUGGCGUGGUGUUUGCUGGAGGAGAGGGGAGCUUAGGCUGUAUGGGGGAGAACUAUUUCAGGGACUCGAGGGAAUCAUGAUCCCACUUUGUUCUUGGGGGCUGACUUCCAGUGUGUGGCACUGGAGCCAUGCACCCUGCUGUUAGGCGCGUUGAAGCCAGUCCUGCCGACCUUGCGCGUGUUUAUUCGGGCACGAGACUCGUUCAUUCCAACGCCUGAACUUCCAAGGAAGCGUGCUUCAGGAUACAAACCUAAAGUUGCAAUCCUACGGAUACUUACCGGGGCGGGGAGGGGGGCGCCACUGCACCUAAUUAGACACAUUCCCAAGUCAAUCAGCACGGAUCGUGCUGUUACUCCGAAGUCAAGGGUGAGGGCGAGUAGUUAGCAACCCACCAUGACUUUGUAGUAGAACGCUAUGGAAGUCCCUAGAAAGGGAAAACGCAUUGAUUUCUACUGAGCACCUAACCAACAGCGCGAUCCUAAACUUGCUGCGUUUACUGUGGAUAAAGGAUUGCAGUUCAAACGGUCCCAGGGAGGAAAUUUCGACUAGAAGCGGGAUAGGAUGGCAUGGAUCGUGGUGGAGAGGCUAUGUUAUGGAUCCAGAAACGGGCGAGAAACUUCUUUGCUCCGUCUGCCAGUGAGGGGUGAUCCCGGCGGAAUUGUUUGAGUAUUUGAAAAAGGCGUGUGUGUGUGUGUGUGUGUGUGUGUGUGUGUGAAGAUGGAUUUCCAACGUUGCGGUUUGGCGGAAGGGGGGGGGGAGAAAAAAACAUUGCACCAUCCUCUGUAAAAGUUGUCUGCCUCAGUCAGCUAAUUGCAACGUUUAACGCUGAACUCCUUUGGAGAUCUGGGAGGCUGCACCCCGCCCCCGUCCCCUGGAGGGCGACGCGCCUGCGUGUUGCAGUAAACACCCCCACCCCCACCUCCUGGUAUUGUAUACCUGCAAUGUAUGGGCUGCGUGGCUCUCGGGUUUCCCUUUAUCUUCAGAGAUGGUCCUCGUGCAAUCAUUUAUUUAUUUUUUUAAAAGCGGGUCUACUCGGAAGUAAGUCCCAUUGAGUUUCGGUAAGUCUUAUUCCCAGGUAAACGAGCACAGAAUUGCAUCCUGCUUAGGACCACGGCCUCUAAAGCUGAUUUCCUUAGAAGUGACUUCCAUCGACUGGGGUUGUGCCUUCUGAGUAAGCCUGGCUAGACCUGCAGCUGCCACCAUCCCCAGUCUCCACGAAGUACUUGCAAACUUUGGCUUUCGUUUCUGAAAGAGGGUUCCUCCAUCCACUUGGCUGGUUGGAUGGCUCCUUCAUCAACUACAGGCAGGCUACGAGCAGAAGAAACAGUUUUAGCAAUGCAGCCGGUGGGGGGAAGAAAUUAAUAUCACAGCCUGCCCAUGAAGCAGCCCCCCCCGCCCCCCCAUGCCUUUAUUUGUAAAGCGUCUGCGAUCCCUAAACUACUGGAGCUGCCGCCAUGAACCGCUCAGCCGCUUUAAGUGAUCUGCGUGCCGGAGAUUCCUGGGGUCUGAUACGCUUAUACGCCCUGCAAAUAUUAUACAACCGCUGCAGUCUUAUGUCUCCUUCCGCGAAACUUCCACCCAUGUGUGUUGCGACCUCCAGAUCUACCCAAAUAAACUUUACAGUGCAACUCUGGUCAUAGCUUCCCAGAAGUGGACUUGACUCCGUGACAAGCGUGCGCAGGAUCACAACCCUGUUUGCGGGCUAGAGGGUGGGACACCCCACAUAUUGCGCGCGAUACAUCUGUGUUUGGACAUGUGCUAGAUGUAUUUAUUUUCAUUUAAAAGCCGCAGGCGGAGCGGAGAGAGAUAACAGAAGCCUGGGGGGGGGGGGUAAGAGGAUGUUAACUCUUUCCUCCCCAGUUUGGUCUCAGUUCCUGACAACCAUAGUGGGACUUGCUUUAAAGUUUAAAAAACCACACACGUGGAAUUGGGCUCUUCCUUGGAAGUAGGGCCUGUUCAUUUGAGUAAACAUAUAAUGCGAGUGGAAAGGGGUGGUCGUCGUUUAAUGUGACUGGUUAAGUUUCCAAAACCUCCAUUCAUUCUCCACUGCCCGUAUGACGCUCUCCUCAAAAUCACUCCCUUCCCAGACUUUCCCUUCCCUCAUACUAUCCACAUCAAAGGACAGGAUGGAUGAGCCCAGUGUCUCACCAAAGUUCCAGGGAACUAGCAGAGGUAAUCUGAAGACAUCCCUUGUGCCUCUUACUCCCAGGUAAACGCGCUUAAACUAGGUUCAGGGUGGCCCUCUCUUUUGAAGGGGCUUCUGAGCUCCUUUGGUGCCUUCUAACGCGCUCCUCCUAGAGCCAAGGCUUUGCCUCGGUAAAUUAUAGCAAUUACGCAGCAGAUAUGAUUAUAUUAGGUGUACUGCGGUCUCCAGAUAGUCAUCCAUCACCCUCAAUCGAGCUGUCAGAGCGGGCAGAUUCGUCCCUGGGAGGCACCAAGUCUUCCAGCUGGGGAGAAGAAGGGAACAUCAUCAUUAAUUAGAGUGUGACCCUGGGGCUAUUCACAUGUCUGAACCCAGGCAGCUCUCCGAGCAAGUCUGCACUCCUUUCAUCCCUCCCUCCCCCGCCACAGCUGCCCUCCCCUCUCCACGCGCGCAAAUACGCACAGAAACUCGCCCGCCCUGGGUCUGGCUAGCUUCCCCACUGCAAGUUCCUCUCUAGGCAGAGUAUCCCGAUUUUCAGAGGUUGAGGUUUUUCUAUAUCCCCUACCCUCCCCGCUCCCCAAUACAAACACAUACACAAAAGGUCCUGGAGGAAAAUUAUAUGUACUGGACUUACCAGGAGAGGCCUAGAUAAAGGUGACAAGGUGAAGGGGACUGAUAGGGGUGGUGCAACCAGUAGUAAUGGUAUGCCAACUUAUUAAUAAGAGCGUCUCUCUUUUAACCCAAAGUAAAAGCUCCUCUGAAUUUAGCGGGAGUUACUAAGGAGGGUAAGAGUCUACUCUCACCUUGAGAAAAAUGAUUAAAAAGAAUCUUUUUGCUCAUCCCCCUGAAAUCACUUACUUUCAAAAAAUAGAUUUCCUGGGUAUAUCCAAUGGCAGUCAUAUUGUAGAUCCAUUGAAGUCAGUGGACUUCUACCCUGAGUAUGACUGCUGCUGGAUAUCCCCUGCUGUUUUAUGGUCAGAACUAGAAUUUAAGUAGAGUGAUACUAUAAGUAAAUUAAUCCUUUAGGAUUAAUAAACAUGCUGGAAGUCAAUCACACUGGAACUGUCUUCAAAGCGAACAUUUUUGCUGAAUUUAUAUCCUGGCCUACUCUCUAAAUGGGACAUAUGAUUAAUAUCCUGGGGAGAGGAAGAGAGAGACCUUCAGCCUAGCCAAACCCUCAAGAGUUUGCAUAGGGUCCUAUACUUUUCAUAGGUUUCACCUAGGGCUUCCAUGACCCUCCAUGCAACCCACUUCCAUAAAUGGGAAGCGAGUUCAAACAAAACUUCAUUUGCAGCGUAUUUGCCUUGUGAAUGCAGUUUUCAUCUUUGUGGUGAACCUUCUGAAGUACCAAAUUCUUUCUGAUUUUACCUUGUUCCUUCAUCCAGAAUACUGUAUUCUGUUAAUCCCACUUUACUGAUGGCAGUAUCUGAAACCAUCCUACUGAGCAUUUAGCUCUUUCCAGAUAAGGCCAGCAUGUUCACUUAGAAGGAAGACUACAGAAAAGUCUUUAAGGAUCCAAAUGUUUAGGAUCACAAACUGAGAAUGAGAGAUCCCCGACUUGCCUGAAGAAUCGAGGAUGGGCCUUUGAGCCCUAGACAGCACUCAGCAUUGCAGAAAUUCCAGCUCCAUUAAAAUUAAUUGGCGUUUUGCUACUAACAUCAAUGAAAUGUGCAUUGCUCCUUCCAGCGAUGGUGCUGGCGACUUGGGCUAACAACGAGAGACAGAAAUCAAGAAAGACCAAAUAUCAUUCUCAUUAAACAUUUAAAGCACCACUCCCAUUAAACACUUAAACUUCCCUAGUAGGAUAAAAAGGUCUAACAAGAGGCUUUGGCAGAAAUCUGCGAUCUACAGUUUAAUAAGUCUCCAAGAAAAUGACUUUCUGAUGUAGUCUUAUAUUUGUAGUCAUAAAAUGAAAUAAGAGUGUAUACACAGAUCACAUAGUAAAUUAGCCACCUCUUAAAACACUUUACGCAUACUUUCAGGAAAGGUAGAUUUUUCUCCCUCCCCUCUCUUCCAGUUCAAAAGUGGGAGUGAUGACUAUUCUUGACCAAUUCAUGUGAAGUUUAAAGGGCUUGUUGUGAAUGUAUCUUGGACAAGAGGCCAGAGAUAAUCCAAAGGAGCAAAAAGGGAGAGACUAAGGAAAGGCCUAGUUCUGCCUUCUGCUCUCAAACAGAAUCUCUGGUCAAAUAUCAGAGUUUGUUUUAAAGAGAGGUAGUGCUGUCCUAUGAUCUCAUGUUAUAAUAUAAACUAGCGACUCUUGGACAUUGGGAUUCUGGGGAGCUAAUGGAUACCAGCUGGACAUUGAAAGAAAGGGGCACAGUUUGAUAAAACUGUAUGAAAGUUGGAUGGUCACAGGUAGUGAAUCUGUAGGACACAGAGAGGGAACCACGUUUAUUUCAUCUAUUUCUGUGCUGCCACUCAGGAAAAUGUGGCUUAAAUUAAGGACUGAAAGCCAGGUGGGACAAAGCUGAUUUAUUGUUUCUCUGUCAGAGAUCUGAGGGGAUCAUUGGACAUGUGGGAGAGGGCACACCAGAGGAAGGGUAGAGUGCUUGACAAUAUGGGGAGCCAUAUUUAUUCCAGGAAAUCACAGCUACAAUUGGGGUGGUAUUCUUUGGUCAGCCUCCUGAUUUAAAAAAUAUGAACUAGUUUUCAUAUUCUACCUACCUAGAAAACUUGUAUAUUCCCACACAACAAAAAAUCAAAACCAUUAAGAGAGAGUUUGAGAGUUACCUUAGCACAGGUAGUGGGGAAAACAGACUAUGAACCAGAAAAUCCCCUCCCCUAUGAACUUGCUAAGAGGUUUUAGGCCAACUACCGUCUCAGGAUCAGUCCUACACUGCAAGACCAGGAUACUGACCAGGCUGUAGCUAGUGGUGAGCCUAAGUAUCUCAGAUCCCAGAUCUUUUUCUCCAUGCCCCAAGUGUUUCUAGUGGAUAAUAAAUUCAGGGGGAAAUGAAAAGGUUGGUCUUAAUUGACAUUAAUUCGAGGUAUAAGGGUGUAAAAUUGGGGAACUACAUCAGUUGAAGAUGACUUUCUCUUAAGAUGAGUUGGAGGUAAUGAAAUAGGAUAACUGAAGGGGCGCUUAAUUGAUUUGAUUUGAACCAGGAUCUGUUGGGAAAUUCACUUUACUACUAGUUAAAUGAAUUAAAGAGGAACACAUCUGAAAUGGGUACCAGUUAACUGGAUUUUUUAACUAGAGUGGCUUGGAUGAGAAAUUAGUUGACUUUGCUGUCUAUAGCUGCACAUAGCCAUUUAAGUUAGCAUAUGCAAUUUUAAUGUAAAUUUGGACCCGUGCCCCAUUUUUUUUUUUUUAAGUACCUGGAAACACUCAGUUUUGCGUUGCUCUUGUAAGGAUUCCUGAGAUAAUGCAUGCGAAGUAGUUUGAAGAUUGCACAAUGCUGUACGAAUGUCAGCUGUUGUUUUGAGUAUGGAUAGAUGCUCUCUCUUUGCAAAUCAGAUCUGGCCUGAGUUUGAAGAUCACUCUCUCCCUGCCACUCAAUGGCCUGAAGUUUAUUCAAAGUUGUGGCGCCUCCUCACUUUGGUUUCCCAUAUCUCCCCACCCCAAAAAGUUGUUAAAGCCUAAAAUGCCCAUUCAGCGCAAAUGCCCAUUCCUUGCCCUUUCCUAACAUGCACUUUGGUGGCGGGGCUUCGUCCUUCUCCACGUGCUUUGACUGUCAGCUCCGGAGCUCGUUUCAACUGUUGAUUUAAAAGCCUCGCUUGCGCGCCUGCCCUUCCAGCGGCCUCGUUUGUAAGUGGGACUGAUGACUGCAGGGCAGGGAGGAGUGGGAGGAAGCAGCAGGCAGCUGCUCAUUAAUUAAUUUCUAAUUAAAAGUGCUGACCACCCUUCAGUGAUUCGGGGGGGGGGAGGGAGAGAGAGAGAGAGAGGACACUGAUUUCGCCUCUACAAACUAUUGAUAUCUGAGAUGCAGUUAUGAGCCACUCAGGACCUUGCCAUUUUGUACGUUUGGGGUUCGCUUUCCUUAUCAGCGCAGGAGAACUCCCUGAAAUAGCGAUCAGCCAGCGUGCUCCGAGGCGUUGGGAAACAAACUUUCAUCCUGGGUAUUUGGUUUAAAUUCCAGGCCGUGGUCUACCACAAAGGUGCACACAAAUAUGCGAGCGAGAGGCAGUUUCUGUAGGGUUUGUUUUUUCUUCUUCUUGACGUCAGAUGUUUGAUUUGACAUGUGUGUUUCAGCUAGGAGUGGUUCUCUUCCCCUCCCUCCGCCGCUGCCUGUGUGUGGGCAAAAUAUGUAUUUUUCCCCCAUGAAACCUCAGAGCAACCGUGCCUUUUAUGUUGUUCGCGUUGAAGAAGCGCCACGCUGCCUAGGCAGAUCUUUUUAAGAUCGCGAGUUGUGUGCGUGUGUGUGUUGUGCGGGGGAGGGAAGACAAACUCCCCCCCCAACACACACACACUAAAAAAUAGUUUCAGGUUCAAGGCAGAUGAAUUCAAGAUGGUUUUAUGCUUGGUCCUCUAAGCCCCUAGGAAGCUCGGAUUAUCCAUCACUCGGGGCCACACGGCGCAGCGAGGCAGCCUGCGAAGCUCGCGGAUCCAGCGCCUCUCCUGGUUGUUCCUGGAGCCUGGGAGCCCCCCGUGGCCAUGUCCUACCCCCAGUUCGGAUACCCCUACUCGUCUGCACCCCAGGUAAGUCCUGCCGGACUCCCAUCGCAUCUACGCCCUUUCCUUUCACUGCCCUCCCCUGUGAAGGCGCGCGGGAGAACUCCCAUCUCCUGGGAGGCGCUUUUGUAGGGACCUAAUCUGCUUCAGAUCAACUGGGGGCUGGGGGAAGGGAUGACCCCCCCUUCCCCAAGAGCAGUGACUGCCAUCUUUACGCGGAAGUAAGGCCCCCGUGAAACCAAAGGCACUUACUUCCAGGUAAAAGGGAGACUGUCGCCUUGGUAUCCUAAUUCUGCGGUGCUCUAACCACGAACUGGUUUAAAAAGUCCACCUGUCCUGGAUUCAUCGAGGCUUACUUCGGAGGGACCUUGACCUAGAGUGAGAAUGUUAACAGUGAGAGGUGGGGAGUUAAAUUGGAGUCAAGGGGCGGGGUAUCGUUUAGGAUUGGGUUGGAGAGCCCCGUCCUGAGAUUUGGAAGGUCUCUAGUUUCAGAGGGGUGCUAGCUAGCCUGCCACAAAUUACUCCCGCAGAGCGCUGAAGACGGAAAGAUCUCAGGUGUUCAUUGAUCUCAGAGGGUUUUACUUACUGCCAAGAGGUGAACUGGGGCAAGGGAUAAGAAGGAAGCAGCUCGUUCCCCCUGGUCCGCGGACCUACUCUGAAGUAAGCGGGUGGAUGGAAGCCGAUUCAACAACCACAACAACUGGCCGGUUCAAGCCAGAUUCACGGGCCACUUCGUUUACCAGGAACUUGGGUGGGGUGCGAGGUCGCUGCAGUCAGGGGCCCUGUAUCAGCUGAGGCCUCGGCUCAACUCCUUUCUGGAUCGUACCCUUAAAAGAGAGCAGGACCGAACUUCUGGGACAGAAGUGGGUGUUGGAAUCUGCAGUUAAAAGAAAUGUUCAAUUAGCUCUCCCCGAAGGAUCUGGGAUUAAACUUCAUUAACAUUCUCAGUACUUUUACUCGGAAAUAAACGUGUUCUAGAACCGAGACGGAUGUAUGUAUUAAUGUUAAUGUGAGCGGUCUAGCUCGCCGGAAGAAUGCAUUAAAAACUGAAAAGUAUUUUCUUUCUCUCUCUCUCUCUUUUUCUCUUUAGUUGACAAGUGUGAACUGGAAAUAGGUUCCCCCCCUCCCCAACCGAUCUUUAAAUUUCUCCCCGAUCCACAAACCAGUUAAGCCACUGGGUUUAACAUAAUAUAUAAGGUACUUAUUUAAGAUCACUAACGGCGCAAUCCCAUGCAGGUCUAUUCAGAAGUCGGCCCCAUUGAGCACAAUGGGACUUGCUCCCAGGUAAACGUGUAUAGGAUUGCAGCCACUUCCUUCUUCCUUCCACUGCUUUUCCCUUCCGCUAUUCGGCCUGGGUGCCCCCCCCCCUCCAUUUUGGGAGCUGAGGAUUCUGCAAGUGACUGGGCGGUUUCAGACGACCGUUUCAUCGCGCGUUUCACCACCCUUCUGUGUGAUAACACAGAUGGAUCGCGCUGUCCCGAGUUUGUGCCCUUUGUGAGGUCGGAUAGAGGGGGUGGCGGUUGUUCCGGAUUAAUUAACGUGAAGAAGAGAUGCUCAUUAAAACCAAUGGACACGGGAGUCAGUGGGUUGUGUGAAACCUCACUGAUUUGGGACCGAAAACGGCCUUCGCUAGAACUGGUUGGUAGAUCGGCCUGUUGGUUGCCACGGCUGUCAGCUGCCCCUUCUAAGAUCAUUGCCCUGUCUUCUCUCGUCCUAGUUCCUGAUGACCACCAACUCCUUGACCACUUGCUGUGAGACCACCGGCAGGACCCUCACGGACUCUGGGGCGGCAGCCUCGGCUCAGACCCCCGUCUAUUGCCCCGUGUACGAGAGCAGGCUGCUAGCCACGGCCAGGCACGAGCUCAACUCGGCAGCUGCCCUGGGAGUCUAUGGGAGUCCCUACACGAACACGCAAGGCUAUGGCAACUACGUGACCUACGGGACGGAGGCGUCGGCUUUCUACUCCUUGGUAAGUCUGCGCAGCGAGCACGACUUCCACCUGAACGCAUUGACUGGCCAAGAAGGAAACCCCACUGCCCCAUUACCAAGGGACUUUUGCUCUUCCAAGUCAGCAAACAGAGAGAGUCGCAGCUCAGCUAGAAGCUUCACCGCUCAACCCAGUCCCUAAGGACAUUAAGGAAGCAAGUAAACCUCAUCAAGUUAAGCGGGAGGGACUUAAUUUCUAGUUAUGCACUUUUUAAUAGCAACGUGUGUGUGCUGUGCAUCCUCACGUGUGUGUAGGUGUAGAUAGAGAUGUAUCACUAGUACAAGCAAACCUGGAGGAAACACAAAAUGUUUCCUAUUUAUUUUAUUUAUUAAAUUUCUAUGCCGCCUUUCAUCCGAGGAGCACAGGGCGGCUUACAAUAUAAAAAAACGUAGGAACAAACAAUAACAAUAAUCCACAGAGAGAGUUUAAAAGGCCAUGGGUUGUUUAAUUAGCCAACGGCUAUGUAACCUGUCUAUGUGCCAUGGGGUAAUCCGAAGUGAAUAUGAAUCGGGGCUGUGAGAAACUUCAGUCAAUCAUAGGCGUUGCUAAUUCAGGUAUCUAACAACACGGAGAUCAGCCUACUACUAUGUAAUUAGAGAUAGACGGUAAUAAGCUCUGAGAAACUAUUGUCUGCUGAUCUCUGCGAUCCAGCUACUUAAUUAGAGAUAAAUGAUAAACGCUAAGACAUCGUGGCAUUGCUGAUCUCUGUCUGUGUACUGAAACUGACCCAAGAAAAUGAGUCUGGAGUUGUCACUGGAACAGGAACCCGAGUUUGCUCACCGAAUGCUUAAAUGUAAAAUUAUGCAUAAAAUGUCUGUGUUAAGAAAUUAACUUUUCGUAUACUUCCCUGUGUGGCAAACAAGUCACGUCCCAUCGUCCCAUUAAUUGCAAUUGCCCCCCUUCUUUUUCUUUUUCUUUUUUUUUUUAGGAAAGUAUGUUUAUUGAGGAUUGCAGCCUGUUUUAAGAGAGCACUUCAACUUUCGCACCUCAAUAAACUCCAAUCCUAAAAAAAGCUCAACAACUUCAAUCCUAAAGGUUAACAACUUCGAUCGGCCCUUUGGUCGGCUUUCACGGCCCUUCACUUCAUCAAAUCUGGCCCUCUUCGGAAAAAAGUUUGGACAUCACUGUUCUAGGUGAUAUUUGACCCUUGCUUAUCCCUAGUCACUUGUUCUUGGAGCCCAGUGUGCAUAAAAUACCAUUCUUAGUCGGAUGAAGGAAAGCACUGGACUCCAGUGGACUGCAGAGGCUAAACCAGCUUUCCUGUGAGUAAAUUCCAUUGCAGGAAGAUAAGGUUUCCUCUGAGUCAACGUGCACCAAAUCGGGCCAAGAGAUGCUAACACUGAGUCAGUGGACAAGAGUACAAGGAACUUCAUGUUCCUCUCCAAUUAAGUGCAAGUCCAGUAUACAGGAAUUGAAGAAAUACUGAAAUACAAUCUAUGCCAGUCUACUCGGAAGUAAGUUGUACUGAGUUCAGUGGGACAUGUGCCCAAGUUUGCAGCCUAAACAGUUUAACCCCCUGAUAGAAUCACAGAAGUGAAGAGUCGGAAGGGACCCGAGGGUCAUCUAUCCCAACCCCCUGCGAUGCAGGAAUCUCAACACGUGGCCUCCCAUCCCAUUUGAAAUCAAGCCGGAUCCUGUUUAGCUUUGAAAAUGUGCUAGAGGAAUUUUUGUUUUUGUUUUUUGCUCCUCGACGUGUUUCUCCAUUGCAAAAAUAAAUAAAAACGUGCCCAUUUGCGCGUGUCUCCCCUCCUGCCCCCUCCCCCACCCGCACUGCCCGUGGGGGAGGGGAGCGCUGAUAAGAAGACGCCUUUGCUUUUCCUGUUCCAGAACAGCUUUGAUUCGAAGGAUGGGAGCGGAUCUGCGCAUGCGGGAAUCACCCAGGCGGCUGCAUACUAUCCAUACGACCACACGCUCAGUCAGUAUCAAUAUGACAGGUAAGAAACAAACCAUCAGCCGUUCAUUGAGGGGCAGGAAAAGGCGGUGGGGGCCAAGGAGGGGGAGAGAGGAGAGGAGGUUAGUUGCGCUUCCUAAUCAGGAGACGUCUUCAGCUUGUGCUUUUCUCAAAGGACCAGUAGCAAACGAGUGUGGCCAGAAUAAGCCGCCCCUGUAUCAGAGUCAGAUGAUCUCUGAUCUCACCAAUGAAGCGCUCGCAAGCCGGGAUCCUGAACGCAUUUGAAGCGCGCCUUCUUGAGAAUGGCCGCGCUUUUCAGCAGAGGCUGCUCACCAAAUCAGGCACGAGGAAUCGGUGUAGCGUGCACGUGUGAACCUGCCCUGAAGCGGCUCAGACCCCAUUGACUCCAGCGAGUAACCAAGGCGCCUAAAAGCCAGCGCAUUCCCGAAAGAAAGAAAUGGGUUUAAAUGGAGCUUUAGUGGCGUCCGCUCUUUAUCUCUAUAAAUGCCAAUAACAAGUUAUGUUUCCGUGUUGUCUGCACGAAACGAACCUGUUCUUCGUUCUUCUGCACUGAUCCGGAGCUAGUUUUACACCUCUAAUCUCCGAUUCGUUUUGGAGUUGCCCACAGCGAAUGCAAAAGCUUUCCUUUUGACCUCUUUCAUUCGUCUGCCAGCCUGACCAUAAUCUGGAUCUCCUCAUCUCCUCGCUAUAUUUCUUUGGAAGCAAGUCCUCAUUGAGUAAUGGAGAUCGAUACUUCGACCCGAUCCGUUUUACGAAGGAGUAAGCGGAUCUGCCUGCGGCCCUCCACUCUGUUGAACUCCAAUUCCCAUCAGCGUCAGCCAGCCUAGCCAACUCGAUAAUGGGAGUUGUAGUUCAACAACAACUAUAGGUCAUCCGGUUGGGGAAAGCCUCGUCUCCAUCCUUGAUCUUAAUCAGGUGUGGAGAACUUUUGGUCCUCCAGAUCAGGGUUUGCCAAAGUUGGGUCUCCAGCUGUUUUUGGACUACAACUCCCAUCAUCCCUAGCUAGCAGGCUCAAUGGUCAGGAAUGAUGGGAAUUGUAGUCCAAAAAAACAGCUGGGGACCCAACCUUGGGAAACUCUGCUAAACUCCCAUCAUCGCUGGUCAGUGGCUAUGCUUGCUGGAGCUGAUGGGAGCUGUAGUCAGGCGCGGGAGGGGGAGGUUUCCAUACACCUGAUGAAAGAGUUCACGGAGUCGAUCUCAAUUAGCUCCCGUGUGCCAUUUCAUUCGCAUGCCUCCGCUUUCCACAGGAUACAGCCUAGUUCUGCACAUGCGGAAGUCCAAUGGCUUUGAUACCCAAAGUACGAAGUGAGAAAGGAAGGCACGCCUUCAUUGGCGGAACACAAUAAAUCUGAAGGCAAGGCGAAGUCACACGAGCGACUUACUCCCAUCACUGGCGUUUUAUCCUCUAGCGUUUUCAAGUAUAGCAUCCCUAUAAGCUGGUGGAUAUUGUCCAGGGAUAGUAGGAAAGCACUGUGGUUGCCUUAGCGCUCGAUCUAUGCGAUAGGAUCUGCGCUAUCACAGCAAGAGAUCCGUAUGGAUUUAAUCACAAAUACCUCUUCCCAACUAGCUUCCACGGGCUACAUCACACGUGCACGCGCAUCCUUUCUCUCCGCUUGAGUAGGGCACACUUCAUUAACUGGGAUCUGAAUGCAUAAACCGGCUCUGCUGAAAAACACUGUGAGAUGAUAGGGAAGUUCUUUCCGAGACUUCUAUUUUUGACGACUCUUUAGCCCCUGAGGUAGCCAACCUCAGAUGAUCCAGCCUUUGUUAUAAGUAUAAAUUGGACCCGUUUAACAACACGGCGUUUAAGGUGCCAGGAAGUCCUGCCUCUUUUGAGCUCGCGAUGGUUCGUUCACACGAGCAAGACGUCACGUUGGCCUUUCACUCAUCAUUUGGCAAGUGUGAACCAAAAUGCUCGCUCAUCUCCUACUGGAUUCUCUUUUUACUUUUACAUGGGCAGGUUGGGGGCCGCUUUUUGUCACUCCCCCACCACGUUUACAAAUGUGCCGAACAAUUUUAUAUUUCUUCUUCUUUUUAAUCUUUGGUGCGGUUAUUGCUUUAAAACACACACACCAAGAUUCCUCCUUACGCUGUUCCAACCUUUUAAGCCCACUGGGUGCUGAUGACCUUUCCUUAGAUGGUGUGCAUUAAAUAUUCAGGUAUAGCCCAGUGUCUUAUGCAGCAUAUAUAUAUGGAAUGGGUAGGAGAGAAAUUUACUAAUAAUAACAUAAACAUUUUUAUUAAUAACUGCGCCCUGAGGUUACUUCGGUGGACUCUCUCAGAGCGCUGGAGCAAGAGUAGACUUUAAAAUAUAUAUAUAUUGUUUUUCUAGCAUAUCCAUUUUGCAGGAGUUGAAUUUUGGAUGCCUCUCAAGGGCGGCUCUUUGCCUUCUGAAGUAGACAUGCUUUCAGGCUGCAAUCCGGUGCAAACUCAGAAGUCACCGAGACUCACUUCAGAGUAAGCGUGUACAAGAUCCGCAGCACGCUUUUCAGGAGCCCGAGUGCCGUUGUUUUGAGGCUGUCUAUACUCCCGAUUUAGAUCAGGUGUACAUUGGUCUUGCCCCGAGUAAGUUAUUUGCGAGGCAAGUCCCAAAGACUCCAUCCAUGAUCGAGGUGAGCCUAAAUCCCAAGAUUAACUGUGUGACCCCAUUUUCAAGGGGGAUUUACUCCCAAGUAAGUAUAGGCAGGAUAGCAAGCUGGUUAAGGUCCUAUUGAUCACCAAUUGUGUAUCCAAACGCUCCGUCUUUCUAGAUUCUUGGCUUAACCAAGUUGAACCGUUUUCCUGGUAAGACCAGCGCGUUCUGGGUUUUGUAGAAAGAGGGAAAAUAUUUAAAGGUGAAACUUGGAUACCAGGAUCCCUUUCUCGCGGGAAAUGGAAUUGCGUCGGUGAAUCAGACCAUGUGGGUGGUGCUUUCUUCCGGCUCAUUGGCGCUGCAUUUUCACUGACACUCUUUCCCCCGCCCUAGAUAUGGUACCAUGGAUGGAGGGACGCGGAGGAAAAACGCCACUCGGGAGACCACUAGCACGCUGAAGGCCUGGCUGCAGGAGCACCGCAAGAACCCCUACCCGACCAAAGGCGAGAAGAUCAUGCUGGCCAUCAUCACCAAGAUGACCCUCACGCAGGUCUCCACCUGGUUCGCCAACGCCAGGAGGAGGCUCAAGAAGGAGAACAAGAUGACCUGGCCCCCCAGGAACAAGUGUGCGGACGAAAAGAGACCCUAUGAGGACGAGGACGAGGGAGAGGGUCAAGGGGAGAGCUUGAAGAAUGAGAAACUCGAGGGUAUCUUCCAAGCCUCUUAGCCGUAUACUGGAGGCAGGAGCUAUCUUAGCCCUGUCGCCCUUCUCUGGGACGAGGAUAGUGGGCACACGGGGAGGGUGAUGGGUGUUGAGAGUCCAGGGGACCAAAAGUAUGGGUGUGUUGCCUUUAAUGCAAUAAAGAGGUUUCUAGAUUUGCAGUUGAGCUGCGCUGGGGAUUUCGAGAGAAUCAUAGAAUCAUAGAAUCAUAGAGUUGGAAGAGACCACAAGGGCCAUCGAGUCCAACCCCCUGCCAAGCAGGAAACACCAUCAGAGCACUCCUGAAUGUCUUGAGGCGGCCAGUGUCCCUUCUGAGUCUGCUCUGCUUUGACAGGGGAAGGGGGCUGUCAAAUGAGGGGUGCGCCUGCUGGGCUUUGCAACGGUUUCCACCCGACCAAAACCUUAGAAAGGUUUGCUUCCUCGCGUAGAAAAGCGCGUUACUUAUUUUGCUAGGCCUGAGCGCAACACCGGCAUUAUAUUUGGGUUUCGAAACCUUUGGAAGCCAUGCAGUGUUUGGGUUGCCUUGGGUAAGUUGGGGAACGUUUACGACGUAGUCAAACCCACAGUGCGUGCUUGCUAGAAAGGAAAUUGGCUCUCACAGGGUCUACAGGAAAUCCUCCCCGUGAGAGCCACGCCCACUGUGUCCAGCAAGCCAGGUAAAGGGGCGCAGCCUAUAUAAACUGGUCACGUCCCCCUAUACACAUCCCAGUGACUGCCCAUUUCUGGUUCCGAUUAGUAAAAUAGGAUUGCUGUUAACCUUGCAUCCUACAGAGCUGUUGUGAAGAGUGAGGGGAAGCAAAACACAGACAGAGAAUGGGUGGAGGAGUCCUAGCCUUAAAGCCAUUGCACAGAAUCGUAAGCCCCGUGGGUUAUCAAGUCCCUGCAAUGUAGGAACCUCAACUAGCCAAGAACGAACUUCAAUUGCAAAUGUAUCUGCCGCGCCCUGCCCGUCUCGUUUGUAACGUGUCCUCCUUUCCCUCCUUUGCCCAGAGCCGGCCAGCAAGGAAGACAAAGAGCUGGGCCUCAGCGACCUGGACGACUACGACCCGCUGGAGUCGGAGAGCUCCGAGGGCGAGCUGAAGGCUGCGGCUUUCGGCCACGCGGAGGGGGAAGCGUGCGCCACCGAGGCCUGCAAGGAUCCUUCUUCCUUGGGCGCCGGCGCCGCCCCGCUGGAAAGCCCCCUCGAGCGGGCAAAGAGCUGCCUCAAGGACCCGACGGCGGGCGCGGAGGGCUGCGAGGCGGCGGAGCUGCUGAGCGCGCGGCAGAGGAGCUGCGAGGCCAAGCCGUGUUACCAGCAGCAGCAGCUCCUGGAGGCGUCCAGCAAGCCGAGGAUUUGGUCCCUGGCGCACACGGCCACCUCGCUCAACCAGGCCGAGUACCCGUCGUGCAUGCUGAAACGCCAGCAGGGGGCAUCCAGUGCCUCUAGCGCCGCGCCGGCCCCGACGGCUGGGGGCGUCUUGGAGAGGCACCCGAAGGAUUCCCCCGUCACCAACCUCAGGAACUGGGUUGACGGCGUGUUCCACGACCCGCUCUUCCGGCACAGUACUUUGAACCAGGCCUUGAGCAGCACCGCAGUGUCUUGGGCUACCACCAAAGGCUCCCUCUUGGAGACGGGGGCCCUGGGGCGCUCGCUGGGCGGCGGCGCCACCGCCGUGCUCAAAGGGCAGCUGGCAGGCCUGGCUGCGCCCCAGGACUCCGGCAAAGACUUUCUGGCUUUCCCCAAAGCAGGCAGCAAAAUGUUCUGCUCCUAACGAACGACGCCCGCCCCGUCCGCCUCCUUGGGACAGGCCGGGGGAGGGAGGCAAGACGGUGGAAUGGGGGGGCAGACAGGCUGGGCCCCGAGGGACUGAGCGGCGGGAGGUGGAGAGACACACUCAGAGAGAGAAAGACUUGGAGAGAGUUUCCGUUCCAAACCAGAGACGUUUUUUCCUUCGCAAAAACCGAGCAAGGAUUUUAAAAGUUGCUGGUAUAAGGAGAGAGAACGAAAAGACUGUCACUUGGCUGCAGCCUUAAGGGAUCAAUGUCUUCACGGUUAUUUAAGUCCAUAGCACGUUCCACUAGUUUAUAGAGGCGUCCUUCUGCGUUUACCUUGCAAAGUUUACCAGGCGCGAGAUUCGAAUUCAGCUUCUUGGGGAGGGAGUUGUUUGUCUAUUCUGUUUUUCCCCCUCCCUUUUUUUUCCUUUUCCUAAAAAACAAAAAAAUUGAUUUGUGGCAUGCCAAUUUUAGUUUCUUCUUCGAACUUCCCUACCCACCCACCCCGCCCUCCCCUUCUCAUCGUUAGCAUCUCACCCACAAAAAAAACAGCACUUCUUCCACCAAGUUGACACCAUUGCCCGCACACGCGCACACACCGAAUUUGAACUUGACAAAUAAGCUAUGUCGAAAAAGGUAUGUUCACUCCAAAUAAAUUGUCUGUCUCUCAGAGGUACCCUAUGAUUUGUGGUCUGUUUGCGUUGCCUGCGUUGGAAGUGGAGCUUCGACGCCUGGAUCCCAAACGCGUUGGAAGACGCGUGUCUAUUUCAUGUCCCGUGGAGAUGUACGGAAUUCCCC